CUUAUGUAGCUAAUUAAAACAUGGAUGGAAGUGCAUAAACAAAUUGCAAGAUUUAUGUAAGGAUGUGUAUGUGUGUGUUGGGGAGAGUCAGAUUACAGUUAUUUAGGCUAUGGCUAACUGUUAGUGAAAAUUUAUUUAGCAUCAAUGCGGCGGGUUGUUUUUAAUAGUGCAGGAUUGAUUUGACAGAUGGUGAGCUUAGCCAAUUGAUUGUCAAUGUCACUGCCAUGGACGAUUCUCCAAUAUCAAACUUGAAUGCUGCGGUUGUGGCAGUGGUACCGCGUAAGCGAGUCGGCCGACCACGCAAGACCAGCGCACAGUCCCAGCCGGCUGAGGCACCGGUAGCAACAACAAGUAAGGCAGCCUUAACUACGGAUGAUGCUAGUGGGGGUAGUUGCAGCGUCGGCGCCGAUUUGGAUAUUACACGCACUCUAGAUCCCUCGCCAACGCUGAGCGAAUGUCGGCGAAGUUCCCGUAAAAAGAUCAUCAAGUUCGAUGUACGUGAUUUGCUUAACAAAAAUCGCAAGCAACAUAAAAUACAAAUAGAAGCCCGCAUAGAUUCCAAUGCGCCGCCGGCAAUAGCGAAGACGGCAACAGCAACAACACCCGCAGCAAUACCAGCAACAACGCCGGCAACAGGAGCAGCAACUGGGAAUCGCCGCUUCUCCAUGUUCGAAACUGGAAAGAAACCGACACCUCUGGUGCCAGUCACGCCUCCAAUGCCAGUGCAUGCGCUGGAAUUAUUUGCGAAGCCUAAAGCAACACAAAGCCUAAUUGUGGCGCAGGUGAGCAGCACAGAGGAGAAGGAAAAGCAAGUGCAUUCCACCACUUUCUUGAACUUAUUAAGUCCCCAUUUGAUGGCGCCGAUAGCAUUUGCGGCUUCAGGGAUCCCACUAGGAGCACGCAAACGCGGACGUCCGCGCAAGAAGCUGUCUGCCAACAUUCAGACGGAACCCAAGAAGAGGGCAACAGAAUCACCCUCGACCCCAUUAGUAGAGGUAGCAGUAGCAGCAGCAGCGUCGAUUAAAUCUGAAACUAUAGGGUCUCCAGAAGCACGAAGUUUUAGUUACUCAGACUCCGAUACUACCUCGACAUGCACUUCCAACGGAAGCUCCGAGUUCUCUGAAGGCCAGCCGAACAGCAGACACAAAUUGCGCGUGAAGGUGAAAAGAAUAAAGGAUAUGAGUGCGCAUACCUCCUCCUCCGACUCGGACUCUAUAAGUCUAUCUCCCUCGGUAACUGUUGUAGAUGUAUCCAAUUCGUCAUCGUCCUUGUCAGGGCCGAGAAAUCGGCGAACAAAAUCAGCGGCUGCCGGCGAGAAUGCAAAGAAAGAGCAGCUGCUGUUGGCCGUGCAGGAUGAAAACGCUUUGGAUGUUAAUUUGGCGCAAGAGACGCCCCAGGCGACGACGGAAAUAAAAACGGGGACAGGGGAUUUGGAUGUGGAUGUGCUGCCGGAGAGCAACUCAGACUCUCAGAUAAUAUUUGUGGAGAUCGAGCCAACCCGAGAGAAACAAGCACCAAAGGAGAAGGUUCGGGAAACUGACCAGUCAUCGGAUGCAUCGGAAGAUUUGACAGACUUUCAGGAAUUUUUAGAGCAGAGAUCCGAUAAACUAAGACCAGAGGCUCAAGCAAUAAAGUAUUUAAUGGAUAAGUUCCUUGAUCGGGGGCCGAGGCAGGAGAGCGGAAGUACUCAACAUUCGUCACCAGGUGCCAAACGACGUAGUCAGCGAGCAGGUGGACGACCCAGCGACAAUGCUGUCGCCAGCCAAGGAACACUCAAAAAAAUGACGCUGGAGGAGACAUUUGCUGAGAUAGCCGCAAAGAGUAGCGAGCAAAUAAAGCUGGAAGCGACUGAAAUACUCAGCAAUAGCCGACCAGAAAUGGGAGAUUUUGGAGUGCUUACAAAAGUAGAAAAUCAAACAAUAUAUCUCUCCAAAGAGCAACAAUAUGUGGUGAAACUGUCAAAGCAGAUACCAAACCAAGUAGAGAAGACAGACCAACUUUCGAGUAAUUCGACGCAGCACAAGAACAAGGAGGUUAACAAAGAGGAAGAUUUUAUUGCGUGGCUGACAUCAACUAUCUCAGAAGACAUGAGUGAGCAGCAACGACAACAGCAGCCGACGCCAGCACUAAGCGAGACUCCCAGUACUUCUACACCCUCUUCAAAAGUAAAAGAAUUCUGCGAGAGUCCUGUGCAAAGUGAAGAGAUAAAUCCAACCGAAGUAAUUCAGCCACCAACAUCAGAUAUUCCGAUUGAUGCUCCGCUGCAGCAGCAGAAAAUGGCACAAAAGACGGCUGCCAGUGAGUGUGGUUUCUUAUUAAAGUCUACUGAAAGCAAUGCUGCCGAAGCCACUCCGCCAAAGGUGGUUGAUAAUGUAGAAAAGAAAGGGUCUCAAGUCCCAGGCGAAUCCUCCAGUGACGAUAAGAACCCUCAAAAAAAUAUAGGAAGCACUCCAGGCAUGAAGAGCGUCCAACCACCUGCAGUUUCCUGCGAAAGCCAACCGUUUAAGAAAAUUAUUAAUAAAAAUGAAAUUACUCCAAUUGCGUCACAGCUUAUAAUAGCCAACAUUUUGGGAACACCAACAUCAGAUAUUCGUGCCGACAGUUCUCAGCAAAUGAAUCAGCCCCAAGCACAUAAAGAUGCUCUGAGCGGCAGUGAAAAUUCAAAAUCUACAGAUAAAAACAUUACAGUCUCAAAACACGUCUACGAAAAAGAAGAUUCCCUUACCACCGCUACAAAGCCGGAGCAAACCAAGACAGUGCAGACACCUACACAAGAUAUCCCCCAUAGUUCUCCGUAUCGACAGCAAAAGGAAGUGUUCCAUGCACAAAAAGAAUGCCAUAUUGGAAGUGGAUCUCUUUCAAGUGCUAGAGAAAAAAUAGGACUUUCAGCUGCAACAGUCACCUGUGUUCCAAAGGGAGAAAAUAUAAAGAAAUCAACUACAGAUGUAUUAACUGAGUCUCCUCCGCAACAAAAUAAAAAUCAGCCUGAACAACAAAAAGAAGCUUCCACCGAGAAAUAUUCUUCAAACGUUACGGAAAGCAAUAAUGUACUGCCAGCCUCAACGGCUUCCUACGAAAUUAGUCUGCCAAAGCAAGAUUCUAAUGCUGAGAGCUCGCCGAAUGCUCAUACAGAGCUAAAGCGACCCGAGGCAAUGCAGAAAACAGCACUGGAUACUCCCAUUGAUUCUCUCCAUCAGCAGGAAAAGACAGAAACGCAAGCACAGAAAGAUGAAGCAUCUUCAAAGGUUAAAGAAAUUGUCGUUUCGGAUGUGAUGAGCCUUUCAUCCACCAGUGACUUCAACGAUACCUGCGUGACAAAUAAUGAGCUGCAAGAAAUUAAACCACUUCAGGAAACAUCUGCAGGUGUUCCGACUGAUUCCACACUGCAGCAGAAGCAGCAGGGGAAAAAACACCUUGCCGGAUCAAAAUAUGAUCCCAGUACGAGUGAUUCCCCUACGGUUUCUAACGAAGGCAUUUUACAGAGCGAAUUGUCUUUCGACUUUCCUUCCGUUUCUACCGGGAUGCAAAGCGAAGUGCUGCAGACACAAGCAUUAGAUGUUAUCACUGAUCUUCCGGUGCAGCAGCAAACGAAGCAGCUCCCAACACAAAAAGAAUCGCCCCCGGGGAGUGGAGCCAAACAGCAGCGGCCUGUGACCUUUUUUGAAUGCGAUGCACUUUUUAAAGCCAUGGACAAGGCUUCGGCUCAGAUUCGUCUCGGAGAGAAGAGCAAAAAGAAACUGAAGCAGGAGGCCAAAAAGCCGGAUAGCAAAGUACCAGGCAGUGGAGUCAAAUCUACAGAUAUUGGGAGUUGUGCCGAUAUUAUCGAUGGCAAUUCUAAGGCUGAUUUUCAAUUGGAUAAGAUAAGCGGAAGUCCACCGCCAUCGCGCGGAGCCAGUUCCGACUCGAGUCGCGUGUCCACGCCUUGUCCCUCCGAAACCGGAGUAGCCAAGCGUCCUGGUGGUCGGAGCAAUAACAAAAAGCCGAUCAAGCUCAUGGCAACAUCGCGAAGAAAUACCAUGUUUGAGGAGCGCAUAGCAAUGGAAAACGCCGGCAGCAAUGCGUUAAUGAAGCGUCGGAAUUCUGUGCAUCCCAAGGUCAGUCCAUCGCCAACAUCCACUCCUCGAUCUUCAACAUCCUCGCCAAUGCCCUCUGAACAAGUUGUUGAUAGUACUGAGACUCACAAGCAAAAAACAGUUGACGAACCCCAAAAAUUGGAUAAGACCAACAAAAGCAGCCUUGGUGUUUCCAAGAAGAAGAGAAAGAAGGCACCUAAUUACCUGCUUCGACAGGACUCUUUAGAUUCAACCUCCUCGGCCUCGCAAUCUGCCUUCAAGCAGCAAAGCAAGCCAAUGCGCAAGCGAAAAGCGAAUGAUGCACUCCAACUAGCGCUAAUAGAGACCGAAUCCUCGGAAUCCACAUCAUCCUCUAGUAAAAUGCCACGCUUCCUGGACACCAGCGCCAUACAUACACCGGCACCCUCUUCCCCGGCUACUACAGGCACUUCACCCGAGCUGGAGGCACCCGACCCUCUCAAGGAUAUUGCCAAAUUUAUAGAGGACGGUGUGAAUCUGUUGAAACGCGAUUACAAGCUGGACGAUGAUGAUGAUGUUAAUAAUGUGGUGUCCACAAUAUCUGCUUCGUCAUCGCCCAAGACAGAUGUUAAUAAUUCCGACUCCAUGACUUUGGAGUUCGAGAAGCGUGUGGCCCAGAUGGAGACGCCCGCCAUUACACCAGAACCGACGCCAGCACCUUCGCCCUCACCCUCACCAAUGCCUAGCAAUUCGGAGGACUUGCCUGUAGGCAAUAGUGGGGUCCGUCGCUCCCAUCGCAUCAAGCAGAAGCCUCAGGGUCCAAAGGCGAGUGUCGGUCGCGGUGUUGUACGAGAUACAGAUCGUAUAUGCACUGGUGAUGAUGGAGAAGCAGUGCAGCCAGCGAUAUCCAUGGAGGAUCAGCUAACAGAGUUGGCCCACAUCGAAGCCAUCAACGAAGCCUUUUUGCGCAAUGAAGGUCUCAAUACGUUCAAGAUGAUUCGGGAAAACUUUUAUCAGUGUGCUCGUCAGGUGAGUCAGGAGAAUGCUGAGAUGCAGUGUGACUGCUUUCUCACCGGAGAUGAGGAAGCUCAGGGCCAUCUUUGCUGUGGAGCGGGCUGCAUUAAUCGUAUGCUCAUGAUCGAGUGCGGGCCGCUGUGCACCAAUGGGGAUCGAUGCACAAAUAAGCGCUUCCAGAAACGUCAAUGCUGGCCCUGUCGCGUCUUUCGCACCGAAAAGAAAGGUUGCGGCAUUACGGCGGAGCUGCAAAUACCACCUGGGGAGUUUGUCAUGGAGUAUGUGGGGGAGGUGAUCGAUAGCGAGGAGUUUGAGCGUCGCCAAUACCGCUAUUCAAAGGACAAAAACCGCCACUACUACUUCAUGGCAUUGCGUGGCGAGGCGAUCAUCGAUGCGACAGCCAAAGGGAAUAUCUCUCGUUACAUCAAUCACUCCUGUGAUCCAAACGCUGAGACCCAGAAAUGGACUGUAAAUGGGGAGCUGCGUAUCGGCUUUUUCAGUCGCAAGACCAUUAUGCCUGGCGAAGAGAUUACCUUUGACUAUCAGUAUCAGCGCUAUGGACGAGAUGCUCAACGUUGCUAUUGCGAGGCAGCCAAUUGCCGAGGCUGGAUUGGUGGUGAACCCGACUCCGAUGAGGGCGAGCAAUUAGGUGAGAGCGAGAGCGAAGAGGAAUACGAGGAGGGAGCCGAGGCGGUUGAGCUAGAGAGCAAUGAUGAUUCAAGUGCGCGCCGUAAAUCGCUCAGCGGACGUAAGCAGCUCAAGGAUACAGCUAAGUCCAAGGCUAGAUUAAGUGGUAAACUGGCUACACGUAAACAGCGCAAGGAACAGCAGCCGAAGGUCAAGGAUCGUGAAUACAAGGCGGGACGCUGGUUGCGCCCCAGCGGCGAGAAGUCCGCUCGCAAACCUUCCAAAGUCAAGUUCCGCGCCACACUUGAAGAUCCCGAUGUUCUGGAGGAACUUUCAGUUCUCAGUCGCUGCGGCUUAAAGAAUCAAGUUGACACAUUACGUUUCUCGCGUUGCAUGGUGCGCGCCAAGCUGCCACGGACCCGCAUCCAACUGCUGGGUAUACUGACUCGCGGUGAAAUGCCCUGUCGACGUCUCUUCCUGGACUAUCACGGCUUGCGAUUGCUGCAUGCCUGGAUGAAUGAAAACGGCAACGAGCAAGAGAUGCUCCAGGCCCUGCUGGAUGCCCUAGAGAGUCUGCCCAUACCAAAUAAAACCAUGUUGAACGAGAGUCGAGUGUAUCAGAGCGUUAAAACGUGGAGCACCUUGUUGGAAAAACCGACUGAAGCCUCCGCCGACGCCGCUCUUACACCGUCAUCACAGCCCUCCACUGCCGCUUCGUCACCCACAUCGACCGCGUCACCCUCCUGCAUACACAUUUUAUCUAUGGAAUUGGUGCAGCUCCGCUCGCUAACGCUUCUGCAAAAGUGGGACGCUCUUCCUGAAAUCUUCCGCAUACCCAAACGGGAGCGUUUCGAACAAAUGAAGGAGCAUGAACGUGAAGCUGACCGCCAAUACGCAGCUACAGCCCUGGAGGAGAGCAGCAAUGCUUCGGCGUUGAGUAGCAGCGAUCGUUAUCGGCAGGAUCGCUUCAGGCGGGACACCUCCAGCCGUUAUGUGAAGCCCAAGACUACCCUGAUGAGCGGCAAUAACACCAUCUGCACCAUUACUACGCAGUCCAAAGAUGGACGCAAUACGCCCAAUAGCUCGAAUUUGUCCGGCAAUGGAAAUGGUGGCAGUGCCUACAAAGGCGAAGCACGUCGCCGCUCUGAAAUCAGCUCAUCCGAACGACCCAAAACUAUAUCCAAGGAACUGCGGCGUGAGAUGUUUGAGCGCAAGGUUGCCCAAGAUGAGGCCGAAAAACGUGUCUCGAGCGAGGAUUGGCGUGAGCACGAAGUGCGUUGUGAAUACUUUGGUGCCGAGCUGACCACAGAUCCAAAGCUGUUGCCAUUUUAUCACAUCACUUCGACGGACGAGUGGUUCAACAGCGACGACGUCCAAGUACCGGCACCGUCGCGCUGUGGCACAGGCGUUGAGAAAGAUGUGGCCUAUGACGAGCCAUCGGGCUCAACGGAUGUUGCCGACUAUAAGUUGCCUGCUUCAGUGGAACCGCUGCCCCCAUCUUGGCACUGGAGCGUUACUGCCGAGGGGAACAUCUAUUAUUAUAAUUUGCGUGAGCGCAUCUCUCAGUGGGAGCCGCCGAGUGUUCAGCAAAGGAUGCAGACGUUGGCGCCAAGUCCAACGAAUGAAGCCUCUGCCGAUUAUCUGCCUUGGGAUGUGGAGAAACUGCUGGUGAAUAUAGACUUGGAACAUGUGGGUAGUCUCAGUCCCAAAUCGCUGACAGAGUAUAUAGAGGGCAAGAUUCGGGAGCGUCGCGAAAUACGGCGGAGCCGCCUCGUCUCUGUCUGCGUCAUAAGCCCACGUCGCGAUGAGGAUCGCAUUUAUAACCAGAUCGAAUCACGAAAGUAUAAAGAGAAUAAGGAAAAGAUACGUCGCCGUAAGGAAGUGUACCGACGUCGUCGCACUGAAGCGGCGACAGCUCAGACAGAUGCUCCAGCCCCAGACUCAACCGGUGCUCGUGGCCCACUGCCAAUUCAGGGGUAUCUGUUCUCCUCCGACGAAGAAACGGAGGUGGCAGACGCGGAUACUUGCGGUGCAAAUAUCUCAACAUUGCCACUCAUCGAUGUAAUUGUCGAGGGCGACAAGAUCGUUGAUGAGUUGGAUGCAUUGAAUAGUCGACGCCAUGGACGCCUUGCUCUACCGAUGCCCCCGUUGAGCCUGGAACCCAGCACCAGCAAAUCAGCUUUGGCCGCUCUAGCUAGCCUGGCCAAGAAACCACCAACAAUGUCAACUACGGAGGUGAAGAGUGUCCUUGAUGCGAAUUAUGCUCUGGCUGCCACGAUCUCAAGCACCACCACUCCAGCAAAACGCAAACUCUUGCUGCCCAUGCCCCCGUUGCCGGAAUACAAACGACAUCGUUUGGAAAAACGGCGCAAGAACAUUUCGACUACCGCCAUUACUCGCGGAGUGAGUGACAAGUUCCGAAGUGAGAUUAGCGCCCAUGUGGCGGAAUUUUUACGUCCCUAUCGCAAAGAGAGCUGCCAUGUUGGACGCAUAACCUGCGAAGAGGAUUACAAAUUCCUAAUUAAACGCCUAAGCCAUCAUAUUACCACAAAAGAGAUGCGGUAUUGCGAUGUCACAGGCAAUAAUCUGGCCUGUACGGAAUCUGUGAAGCAUAAGUCCUACGAUUUUAUCAACCAAUAUAUGCACAAGAAGGGCCGUGUCUACAAGCGGCCCGUUGACGAACCUGAUUAUUAAAGCCCGCUGCCCUUGCACAUAAAACAAUAUGUGCGCCAUCCUCUUAACUGGGCUCAACAAAAACGACCGCUGGCCAUGCAUAGCUGGAGAAGAUUUUAGUUUAGUUACCGAUUAUGAAUUAUUUUAGAGCCAACGCGCGCUCGAAGGUCUUGAAAUUGUAAACAAAAUUAUAUUUUACGCCCAUCAUUAUUGUUUUUACAUUUAUACCUUCAUGGAGAAAACUUGAAUGAAUUGUAAUUAUAUAUUUUUAUUCCUUAUCGAGGAAUCCUUAUCGCAUUUUUUUUUUAUCAAGCAGUUUAGUUAUUACUAUAUCAGUUGUUGGAUAAAUGUAUUAAAUAUAUCAACACUAGAGGUUAAGUGGAAAAUGUACACGAGUAUAAUCAUGCUAGACUAUUUAAGUUUAUUACUCCAACUAACUAGAAAGGUAUAUAUCACAUAUGCAUGUGUGUGUAAAUGAAUAUAAAUUGUGAAUUGUCCUCCUUGCAAGAAAUUCAGUUAUUGAUUUGUUAAAUACUUUAAAUUAAGUUCAAGAUUUAGUAUAUAUUUUCAUUUAUUAUUUUGUUGAUCUGCAGAGAAUUAUUAUUAUGGAAACAUUUGUGUCUAAUUCUCGGCUCUCUAUCUACAGACGGUGAGGACAAAUAGUUAAUAAUAUGUAGUAUACGCAUAUACAAAGAUACAUUUGUAAUUGCUUGCAUGCAUCAGGUUUCAUUUUCGCAAGUUACCUUUUAAUUUCCUUUUUAUAUUCGCAUAUCACCCGGGAGUUUCUAACCAAUCAUGCUUUGUAUAAUUUAUUGAAUAAAUCAAUAAUAGAAUUAA